AUGCCCAGGCGGCGCGCCCCCUGCCACGGGGCGAUCAGUGGUGCCCCCUUGCCUCCGUCGCUCCUCUUCUUCCCCGAGGCCCCGUUCUUCCAGGAGGACCUGGGCACCCUCCGCCAGAUCAGCUGCAAGCGCGGCUGCCUGUCUGCGGUGAAGAACGACGGGACGGUGGUCGUUUGGGUGGGCGCAGAGGAAGGAGGCGACCCCCAGAGCCACCCUAGGAAACCCAGGCGCAUUAAGCUGGAAAAGAAUGUCAAGGUGAAUUCAGUGGACUGCGAAACCUCUCAUCUACUCAUUCUCUCGUCAGAAGGAAAACUUUCUGAACACAGUGUUGACUUCCAGAACGUUAAGUCAGAACCAAGACUGCUGAAAGGAUUGGGAGAUAAACAAAUGGUUCAAAUUGCAUGUGGCAACUAUCAUUCCAUGGCCCUGUCAAAAGGAGGACAGCUCUUCAGCUGGGGUCAAAAUGACUACGGUCAACUUGGCUUGGGAGGAAAGAUGAGGCCUGCCUGGGUACCACGGCGGGUGCAGGCACUGGACGGCAUUCCGCUGGCCCGGAUCGCAGCUGGAGGAUAUCACAGUAUGGCAGUCUCUCUGUCUGGAUCAGUCUACUCCUGGGGAAAGAAUGCCUUUGGGCAGCUGGGCCUUGGACAUACAGAAGAUAAGCAUUCCCCCACAUAUGUGAAAGCAUUGGAGCAUAAGAAGACAGUGUUCAUUUCAUGCGGAGGAGAGCACACUGCCGUUCUUACAAAGGAUGGACUGGUUUGCACUUUUGGAGCUGGCUGCUAUGGCCAGCUUGGCCACAACUCCACGCGCAACGAGCUGUUUCCACGUUUUGUGGCAGAGCUGUUUGGUGUUCGAGUAUCUGAGGUGGCCUGUGGGAGAUGGCAUACACUUGUCUAUGUUGAAGAUCUAUGGAAAGUCUAUGCAUUUGGUUCUGGAUCUCAAGGACAGCUUGGCAAUGGAAGAAUGUGUGACCAGUUGAUUCCCCUUCCUGUUGACUUUGCUGAGAAGGGUAGGAAAUCCAUCACAGAAGGGAGCGCUUCAGAGGAAAAAAUAAAAGUCAUUGCUGGAGAUAACCAAAGUAUUUUGCUUUUUCUGAAGAAAAAGAAUUCAUAUGCCAGUUUAAACCAGACACUUGCCAGAAUAGAAGAGGAAGAGAUAGAUAAAUGGGUUUCUGAUUUGGAUUCUAACAAAAUACAGUACAAGUUCCAAUGUAUAACCCACUCUUAUCUUUCCAGUCAAGAUGAACAUUUCAGAACAUCCCAGGAAGCUGCAGGUAUAAAUAUGUCUGCUGUGCUCCUUUUCUCAGAUAAGAUUGCAAAAAACCCUGAAGUCUGCACAGAGGUGACAAAUGCUGUUAAAAAGCUUGCACCGUCCCUGCGUUAUUCUGCUAAUUCCCCUGAAGCGCUCAGAGUCUUCCUCAUCCUGCCUGUAAUUUUGAGGAAGAAGGACCACCAAUCGGACUCGCUGCUCAGCCAGUUGGCACAAAUCAUCUUGGAUCUUGAGACAGAAGACAGGCAGAUACUUGAAUCUCUGUGGUCCAGCUUAGACAUCCCAUUCUUCAAGGAUCUAGUGGACAUCUAUCAAAGAAUUUCCAGGGUCAAGAUAUAUUCCAUCAUUGAACAGACGAGAAAUUCUGAGAUGGUAGACACAUACUGGAAUGCACCUAGCCCUCUCCUGAUCCUACAAGUGCUAUAUGAGGUAAAUAGCAGGACUGGUUUCAAGAUCCAGGAAAGGAACUUUUAUGUUCCUGAAGUUAAAGAAAUGCUGUGUGCUCCAAAAUUGAGCCCUACACAAAACUUUGAGCAAUAUACCUUUCAGGUUGUCAUUCAGGUCCCUUGUAUCUUGGAUAUGGAAGCAAAGAUCCUACUGCAUAAUCUAGACUGUGUUUUAUUGAAUUGGAUGUCCAGCUGGCCAAACCUUAGUCCAAACAUAGAACUAAUUGUGAGGAGACAAUAUCUGGUGCAAGAUACGUGGAUGUGUCUAAGGAAUAUGAAAGCAAACCAAUUCCUGCUCUUCUUCCAAGUGUGUUUCAUUGGGGAACCUGGAAUUGAUGAUGGGGGGCCAUCCCAAGAGUUCUUCACAAUCCUUGGAAGGGAACUGUGUGCUCCAGAAGCACAGAUCUUCCAGCUGUUUGAAGAGUCCCAUCUGAUUUGGUUCUCCAGCCAGGUACCAUCAGAGGAAGACGUACAUUUUCUGAUUGGGAAUAUAUUUGGAAUGGCACUCUAUAAUAAGAAGAUAGCUGCCUUCCCUUUCCCUCUCGCUCUGUUCAAGAAGAUGGCAAAUGUUCCACUGACUCUGGAAGAUUUGAAAGAGCUUUCUCCUAUAGAAGGAAGGUGUCUUCAAGCAGUCUUGGAUGAGCAGUAUGAUGACAUCUUAGAAAGCUUGAUGCUGGAUUUCACAGUACUGAAAGAAGAAGGAGGAUGUAAAGUUUCUGUUGAAUUGAAAGAAAAUGGUGCCAACAUUCCUGUCACUAAGUACAACAGGCAAGAAUACGUUGAUGCCUAUGUGAAUUACAUAUUCAACGAUUCUGUUAAAGAGCAGUUUAAGAAUUUCAUGGAUGGGUUUUCAAGAGGCUGCCAAACUAAAAAGUGGAACGUCUUCCUUCCUACUGAGCUCCGCCUACUUCUGCUUGGGCAGACCAAUUACAAUUGGGAACAACUAGAAAAGAAUGCUCGAUACAAUGGCUAUGAAAAGUCAGAUGAGACAAUCAGGAAUUUUUGGGCUGUGUUUCAUGACCUUCCAGAAGAAAAGAAGAAGGAUUUUCUUGCUUUUCUUACAGGAACGAACUGCAUUCCAGGUCUAGGGAUGGAAACGUUCAAAUUUACAAUUUCGGAUGCCAGAAAAGAAGAUCCAGACAAGUGGUAUCCUGUAGCCUGCACCUGUAAUCGAAACCUCAUUCUUCCAAGAUAUAGUAGCCAAGAUGUUCUCCGAGAAAUGUUCCUGUUUGCACUGGAGCACUAUGAAAAGUUUGGUCUGUCAUGAAAUUUGGAUGCAAGGAACGCUGUUUGGAUUGUUGAUUCGAACCUAGUUGAUGUCCUUUUCUGCCUAACUCUUUUGUUUUUGUUCACUGAAGACAACAAAGUAAUCUGAGGAUUUUUCUCUUUGCCACAAGGAGAAUUCUGAUUCUCCCUUUUGGUAUCAGAUUAUGGGGCUCAAGGCAAUGAAUCCUUGUUGUCAAAUACUGUACAGGAGUCCUCGCAGGAAUGUUACAUAUACCAUAUUGAGUUCAGCAGUGGACAAAAGGUGUGAUAUAUAUGUAACUAUUCAAUAUUCAACACAUUGCCUCUGUCAAGAGAAUCCUUCUCAAGAACCAAUCUUUUACGGAGGAAAGACUGUUGAUUAGGGCUUUCCCAAUAUUCAUUCUAAUCUCAUUUAACUGAAUACCUGAACCCCACUUUUUUCCUGAUCUGGUUCUUGCAUCAUUCUUCCCGCUUCUAUUUUAUCCUCCUGUGAGGUAGGUGAGGGUGAGACCCAGUGAACUUCUGCAGCAGAAUGGGGAUUCAAACCUAAUCAGACCAGAGGUGGGAUCCAGCAGGUUCUCACAGGUUCCCGAGAGUAGGUUACUAAUUAUUUGUGUGUGCCGAGAGGGGGUUACUAAUUGGUGAUUUUGCCACGCGAUUUUUGCCUUAGUUACACCCCUCCUCUCAGCAGUAGCGUGCAGAACUUGAAGCAGUCUAGCAGGAGGUGCACCGGUGUGCGUGGCAGCCUGCUUCGGCGCGUAUCUGCUUCCCGCCCAAUGA